AUGGAUGGGGCAGCAAUGCUUGCAUUCGCAUACCUGCUGACCUUGACCUGUGACCUCGACGGCUUGGGCAGUAGUAGCACAACUGAGUUGAGCGCCGGUACUCGUACCAGUUCUAGCACACGCAGUGGGAGUACCUAUGACAAUGUCGUCAAUUACAUGCAUCCCUUCGUCGCACUAUAUUUGCAACUAUUAGAAGAUGUUCGACUUGACAUUUGGAUUCAAGGAGCCUUUGUCGCUCUCGCUCUGGCAGGCAAGGUCCUCCGCGCUAAGAUACGCCCAAAGCCACGCCUGCCUCCUCCUCCUCCUGGUCCCCCUGGACACUGGUUGUCCGGAACUCCCCCACCAAGAGCCAACCAAUAUCAGCAGUUUGCAGAAUGGAUCAAUACCUAUGGACACGUCAUCUCGCUUCGGAUCGGGCCUAAGAUCAUGGUCAUCAUCGGCAGACAUCAGGAAUCUGUUGACAUGAUGAGGAAACAAGGCGGUCUGCUAGCAGGCCGUCCUUGUGCAGUUGCUGCAGGAGAGAUCUUGUCGCGCGGGCUGCGUUCACACAAGGCAAGUCUCCCGUAG